AUGGCUACAGCAACUCGAUCCUACAACGACGCAAUCGAUGCGCUCAACUCACUGCAAACGCCUCAUGCAGUAAUAGAAGAACGCCGUAGGCUAGGAAUCAAACCCGAUGCCUCGUCCAUUCGCGAAAUGAUGGCAUACCUCGCCCGAAUAGGAUACACACCCGCCGACCUAGACCGUCUAAACAUAGUCCAUGUAGCAGGCACAAAAGGCAAAGGAAGCACCUGCGCCUUCGUCGACUCCAUCCUCUCGCAAUACCAGCGCAGCAAAUCCACCCCCCGCAAAACAGGACUCUUCAUCUCGCCCCAUCUCAUCGCUGUUCGAGAGCGCAUCAGGAUAAACUCGGCCCCCAUCUCAGAGGCCCUCUUCACCAAGUACUUCUUCCAGGUAUGGGACCGGCUGGGCGAAUCGACCGCCCACCCCGAAGAUGCGGCACCCGGCUCCCGGCCCCUGUACGCUCGAUAUCUCACGCUCAUGAGCUGGCAUGCGUUUCUGCAAGAGGGCGUCGACUGCGCGGUGUAUGAGACGGGCAUAGGCGGGGAGUUUGACGCGACGAAUAUCGUCGAGCGACCUGUUGCGUCGGGGAUAAGCACCCUUGGCAUUGACCACGUCUUUGUGCUGGGCGAUACGGUGGACAAGAUUGCAUGGCACAAGGCGGGUAUCAUGAAGACGGGCAGUCCGGCAUUCACGGUCGAGCAGGUCCCCUCCGCGGCGGGGGUUCUGCAAGACCGAGCCAAGGAGAAGAGUGUGGAUUUGAAGGUGCUACACGUUGACGAGAGGUUGAGGGGUGUCAAGAUUCGGCCAGAUGCGCUGUUUCAGAAGAAGAAUGCUACGCUGGCGGUUGCCCUUGCGGCAUCAGCCCUGAAGAAGCUGGGUGUUGAUGUCGAUGUCAACGGCACCGACAGUCCACUCCCACAAGAAUUCGUAGACGGGUUGGAGAAGACAGUAUUCAGGGGCCGCUGCGAAGUCAAGGAGGAAGACAAGGUAAAGUGGUUUGUUGACGGCGCCCACACAGCCGACAGUUUAAAAAUCACCGGUCCACGCAUCAUCAUAUUCAACCAGCAGGGCCGCACCGAAGCAAUCGACUUCCUCACGCCCCUCCAGAAGACCACAUCUCGCCCCUCGCCCCUCCCAUCCUUUGACCACGCCAUCUUCUGCACAAACGUCACGUACGCCAAGACAGGAUACAAGCGGGACUUUGUCAACCGCGGCAUCGACCCCAAGGAGAUUGAGACGCUGUCCGUGCAGAAGCGAUUCGCCGAAAAGUGGAGGGAGAUUGAUCCCGCUGCCAAUGUCGUCGUGAUGCCUACUAUUGAGGAGGCGCUGGACUAUGCGAGACGUGUGGGCGAGGGAUUGGAUGAGGGGAAGGUGAUGGCGUAUGUUACGGGGAGUUUGCACUUGGUUGGUGGUGCGUUGGGGAUAUUGGAGAAGGCGGAUGCGUUGUAA